AUUUUAAUCCCUUGAACUCAAGUCAAAAAGUGUGUUGUUUUUUCUAAGAAUUUAUGUGAUGCCAAUGGUUGUAUUUAUGUAAUGCCAAUGGUUGUAUUUAUGUGUAAAUGUUACAGGACAUUGCGGUUUUGGCACACGAUGGUCCCAUUAUCUCUAUCUUUUGUCUCUGAUGAUGUCAGCGCAUUUGGACAGUAUAAAAAUAGGAGCCGUAAGUAGUUGUCAUCAGUAGAUCGAGGAGAACUCACCUAUCUGCAAAAUGAAGAACAUCGCUAUCUUCUUGUUGGUUGGUCUCAGCCUUUUUGGUAAUGGAUACUGCAUUGAAGCAGAGGUAGACGGACAGGUAGAGGGACAGGUAGAUGGAGAGGGAGAGGGACAGGAAGACGUUGACACAGGUCGCAUAAGCGCUGAAACACAGGACUGUUUGGUGAAUGCUAUCAAGAAUUCAUACCCUUUACUUGAAAAAACGAGAGACGUUAUCUGCAAGGCUAGAUCUGGACAGGGGGAUUCUUCAUCAACACAGGAAUUUGGGAUGGAACUGGAAUCAGUUCUGAAAAAUACUGAUUGCAAAGUAAAAGAAAUCACUGGAUUGGAACUUGAUGAAACAACAUCGACUGUUUCUUCUACUACGGAAGAAAUUCUUAGUAAAUUGCAGCCAAUUUUAGAACAAGUAGGAUUGACCGAGUCCACCACAAAACUGUUAUGCGAUUUAAUAAGCCCUCUGAUAAAAUCACAAUGUCUACAAAAACUCGUCCAGAAUACAGUUCCUAAUGCCUUGCAGACAGUACUUACCCCAGCCCAGGAACUUUCAUGUGCGGCUAAGGGUGACCUUAAUAUGAGAACUGUCAGAAAAGCUUUGAGGGAAGCAAUGUGCACUCUGGCUGAUGGCCUAGACGUAAAACAAUUGGAAGAGACUACUAAAGAAGUUCGAAUGUUGAUCAAAAAGGACCUGUCAAAUGUUGUUGAUGAACUUCUGAGCAAUGACGCUCUUAGCGACACUUUGGACGAUACACUCUGUUCUUUGAAAAAUACCCUUCAUCCAGUUUCCAAAGUUGUCAGUGGAAGAAAGAAAGGGAAAGGGAAAGGGGGGAUUCUCAGUGUUCUAGGUCGUUAAAAGAAACUUAUAAAGAAAGCAUCGGAUUGAAUUUAGAAUUUUAGAAUGAAAAACUUCAAUCUGAAAUUAAAUCAACUUUAAUCUUGAAAGACUAGCUUUCACCUAAAUCUACGAUAAUUGUGAAUCCUAUCGAAUCAUUCCUCACUGUGAUUACUAAAUAAAUUCACUGC